AUGGAGACUGCCCACCUCGAACACGUCCUCGACCACACCAAGGCCACCGACUUCAUGGACGCCGCCAACUUCAACAACUUCGACCCGCUCUCCGGCCUCGAUUACCUGCAGUACCCCCACUCGCCUUUCGGCGUUUCGGCCAUGGGUCUCCCUGCAGCUGGCGGUUCCCCUCGCCUGGGCUUCAACUCGCUCAACCUCUCCAGCGGUCUCGGCGAGUACACGUACACGUCAAGCCCUUCCUAUACGACCGGCUCCCCCGCGCGCCCCUUCACCCCGACUGGCAUCUACCCCGGUGCACUCUCCAACCUCAGCACCGGCGAGCUCUCGUCCGACAGUGUGGCGUCUGGUCGGAGUCGCCGCGGUAGCGGUACACACUCCCCUGGCCCCUCCGUCCCCCCAGGCUCGCUGGCUGCCGUCCCCCGCUCGCAUCGCUUCAACCCACUUGCUGCCGCCGUGACACGAUCGUCGGCGCGCCAGCAGAAGAAGCGCAGCAAGGCCUCGGACGAGUUUGCGAGUGACGACGACGAGGAUUUCAACCCUGGUCCAGUGUCGGCGAACAACGACGUCCGCAGGGAGGAGAUCCGCCGCCAGCGCAUCGAGUCGGAACAGCGGAGACGCGACGAACUCCGAGAUGGCUACCGCAGGCUGAAGGACGCGCUGCCCGUGUCGAACCAGAAGUCGAGCAAGGUUUCCUUGUUGGAUCGGGCAACAACCCACAUUCGCUAUUUGGAGAUGACCCAGCAGCAGCUCCAGACGAGACUGCAGGCUGCCGAGGCCGAGACUGCCCGUCUCCGCCACGUCAACGAGGCCCUCAUGCUCGGCACCGCUGAGCAGCGCCAUGCCGCCGCUGCCUCGGCUGUUGCCGCUGCACAGGCUCCCCAGUCACAGACUUCUGUGUUCUGA